AAACUGUCGAAACAAUCAAUUUCCGUGUUCACCAUAACUGGCAAUGGAGCCACCAGAAUCCGUCCAACAGCUGAAGUUCAAGAUGCAACUACAUCAAAAUUUCACACAAAAGGCAUUGAAGCGUUGGUAACAAUGGCUGCCAAGUUAUUCGGAGCCGUGUCUCGAAAGUUGGAACGUCGUCAAUCGACAAGUUCCAGUGAUGACAGUAUUGAAUCAGGAAUGGCUCCAAAUGUUCAUAUGCCCGCAUAUACACAGAGUUCCACAAGGAAAUUGGCAUUUGGAACAGCAGCCACAGAGGAGCACAAACCACUUGACGAUUUCUAUAAUAACUCAACAUUAACAAACAUUUCAAAACUAUUUUGUGCAAUUGUUCUACUCACUGCAUUCUUUCUCGUAAUGUCAAGAAGUAUUCAAUUUGCAUAUGAAGCUCAAGCAGCUGCUCGUGCAUCUUUACCAACAGUAUCUAAUUCAUCUGUUAGCAAUAUGCUCGAUGACCAAGUUAACUAAUUGUUAUAUAUUUUCUCUUUUUUUUGCUGUUGUUUUGAUUUGGUAAGGAAGUGUAGGAGGGACGGGGGAAAAUAAUCGGAAACGUGUCAGAAUGAGUCGCCUAAGAACUUUUAAUAAUCAAACAUGGAAAUUAUGACGAGUUUCCGAUUUGAUAUGUCUAACUUAUCAAGGUCAAAUUUUACUUAGUUCCAAUAACGAUAAGCCAAACUUUUCGAAUUUUCUGUAUUUUCGUUGUAUCGAACGUUCAAAUUGUCAUCCGUCCCUGGUUAUUAUAGUUCCCUGAUCAAUUUAACUAUUUUAAAAUGUUUAUUUUACCAGUUGACGCCCUUGAGAUGUAUCGCCUCUCAACACCAAUUUCCUAAAAGUGUUCAUAUUGAUUAAACGGGUGAAUGCUUUUGUUAGUUAGUUUAUCUCCUUUUCUGCAUUUUUUUAACGAGUAUUUCUUGCUUUUUCUUCUAAAUAACUUU